AUGUUGAAAUCAGUAUUCAACAGACAGAAACAACACACAUCAUCAUCUUCAUCAUCGACGUCGCGUCCAUUCAAAGAAUACUACACAGAAUGGUUCAACACACUCAAGAACAAUCACCUCCCAUUACUCCGUCGUUCUAUCUCCGGCGACUCCUUAACCCUCCUCUCAACUCACGUUGAGCUCAUCCACCAACACUUCCAAUCUUACUACCACACCCUCGACGCAGCUGCAAUCACAGACCCUUCUCAAAUCCUCAACCAAGACUGGCAUAACUCCUUAGAAAAGCCUCUUCUUUGGAUCUCUGACCUCCAUCCUUUCAUCUUCACCAAUCUUGCUCGUUCUUUUCUUGACGACGAAGACAAUGAAACCGAAACCAAUGAUAAUUCAUCGGUUUCAAUGUCUUCUGAUCGUCCAUGGCAAAUAGCCAUGGCGUGGAGGAAUCCAUCAGAAACCCUAAUAACACGUAUGGAGCAAAUAGAGUGCGGUUUGAAGUCCAUCGUUCCAACGCUUAACGAUAGGCUUACACGCGCGGAAGGCUGUUUCAUUAAAAACGUUGUUGGUGACUGGUUUUCGUGUAAAGAUCGCGGUGAUAAUAAAGGGAAAGUUGUUUUGGGAAAUGAUGUUAGGGUUUACAUAGAAGAGUUUGUUAGUGUUGUUCUUUAUGCAAAUAGGUUAAGGAGAAGUGUUCUUGUUGAUAUUAUUAGUGCUGCAAGUGUUUAUCAAGCUGCAUUGUUUCUUGAAGCUUUGUCUAUGUUUCUUAUUGGAUUUAAAGAUCAUGAUUUGGUUCAUGCUGUGGAACAUUCCAAGAGUUUUUCUGUUGAUCAUGCUAAAGAUCAUAAAGAUUUUUGUCGUUCGAGGUGUCACUGA